UGAGGACAAUUCAAACACGAAGCAACAACCGAGAGAUCAGAGCCAGUCAAGAGUUCAAGUCAACGCAGUUCUUUAAUGCCAGAGAGGUAUAUAGAUGACGUUUUUGUCCAGUAACAACGAGCAAGAGACUAGAUCAUUUCCGGGGUUGGUUCUAGGUCGAAAAUAUAUUAUAAUUGCGAGCUCUACCCGGAAAGAAGCCACAGCGGUGUUCGGGUGCUGCACACAUACAUUUCAGAUGUCAGGCUAUGUCAUGUAAACUCAGAGUAACAGCGGAUUUAAACUUCCAUUUUACCCUGGUGAGACGCGUUUUACUCUUCCACUUCGGACGCACUGGCGCACACUGACCAGUUAAAACGGUGAUGUGGUAGCAGGCAGCAGUAUGCCGUAUGUGGACAGACAGAACCGUGUCUGUGGCUUUCUAGACAUCGAGGAGAAAGAGGGCAGCAACCGCUUCCAGAGACGCUAUUUUAUACUGGACACACAGGGCAACACACUGCUGUGGUACAUGGACAACCCCCAGAACCUGCCCAGUGGAGCGAACGCAGUCGGGAGUCUGCAGCUGACAUAUAUCUCCAAGGUGAGCGAGGCCACGGGGAAACAGAAGCCCAAGACUGAGUUCUGCUUUGGACAAUGAUCCAACACUUCUCCAGGCUGUGUAAGGGCUAUUUGACCAAGAAAGAGAGUGAUGAGUGCUGCCUCAGGUGACCUGGCCUCCACAAUCACCCAACCUGAGUUGGACCGCAGCUUCACCUGGAAUGCAGAGUGGAGGAAAAGCAGCCAACAAGUGCUCAUCAUAUUGAUCAAUGCAGUAUCUCGGCGGUAUUUCCUCCAAGCCAACGAUGCUGCUGACCUCAGAGACUGGGUCAUUGCUCUCAACAAAGCCACCAAGAUCACUGUCCCGAAAGCUAGACCUCUCCAGCCAAGGACAGAGGUUUCUAUGGUAACCGGUGAGGCAGGGGGUAAGAGGCAGGCCUAUAAGACUGAGAUCAUCGGGGGAGUGGUGGUGCACACCCCCAUGUACCAGAAUGAGGGGGAGGAGAUGGAGGUAGGGGACAGGAAGGUCAACGCUGUAGGCAGUAGACCAGGCGUGCUGAGGUGUGGCUACUGUGUCAAACAGGGUAACAUGAGGAAAAGCUGGAAAAGGCGUUUCUUCAUGCUGGACAACAAUUCUGUCAGUUACUACAAGUGUGAGACGCAUAAGGAGCCGCUAAGAGCGGUUCUUCUGAGAGACAUUCAGAAGGUCCAUGAAUGUCUGGUCAAAUCUGGGGACCUGCUGAUGAGGGAUAACCUGUUUGAGAUUAUCACCAGCUCUAGGGUUUUCUACAUCCAGACAGACACGCCAGAGGACAUGCAGGGCUGGAUCAGAGACAUUGAGGGGAAGAUACAGGACUUCAGAGGCCCGGGCAAGAGCUCUCCAUUCACACGUGCCUCCUCCUCUCUGUAUUGCCAUGGUAACUCCUCCCACCAACCCUCUGUUGUCCGUGGCCGUCAGGGAGAUGACAAGAGACCCCCUUUAGUGAAGUCAUGUUCCGUGGCCCCGGGGUGGCAGCCCUGGACCCCCGUACCCCAAAGAGAGGCUCCCGCACUGGGCAUACUAGAUAAGGACAGUCCCUUUAGCUCUCUGCUGCCCAGCCUCUCCUCUCUCUCUCUUUCCACCUCCUCAUCUUUAUCCUCCCUCCCCUCUCCCACCCCACAGGGGGUCUCAGCUCCAGCCAGUGGUGUGGGGGUCCCAGUCUGCCCAGGCCCCAUAGCCCCAGGCCCCUCCAGCAGCCGGAGGAGACACCGCUCUCAGCCUCAGCCCACCACAGACCGCAGCUUCCCUUUCAGCCUGGACCAUGAUGGCAUCCGCACCACCGACGUCUAGAACCAACCACGUCUAGACCAACAGAACUCUGGAUCCAACAAUAUGUGGAACCACCAACAUCUAGAACCAAUAUCUAGAGCAACAAUGACACUUGAUUGAGUGCCUUUCCCUUUGAAAGACUAAACCUUCCCUCUCCCAGCCACUCUCCUUUGAGAGUUCCAUAGGCCUGCUGCUUUGGGGCGGCAGGGUAGCCUAGUGGUUAGAGCAUUGGACUAGUAAUCGAAAGGUUGCAAGUUCAAAUCCCUGAGCUGACAAGGUACAAAAUCUGUCGUUCUGCCCCUGAACAGGCAGUUAACCCACUGUUCCUAGGCCGUCAUUGAAAAUAAGAAUUUGUUCUUAACUGACUUGCCUAGUAAAAUAAAGGUAAAAUAAAGGUAAAAUUAAAUUAAAUUUGGCUGCGGCUACUGUGGGCUGUUUGCUAAAGUAGCCUCUCUCUGGAGGCCUGUGGGGGAGGGUAGUGAUGCAAAUUGUGGUUCCUGGAUGUGUUCUCUCAGUGAGGGGUGUGUUAGUGGCUGUGGGCUUCUGGUAUAAAGGGUUAUUCAGAGAGACUGGGAGGGGUUAUCAGUGUUGGAGUGUCUGGUAGACUGCGAAGGGUUAAGUUCUGUGUUGUACGAUUUCCUCUUAAAACCUGAAUGUAAUUCUCAUGUACUGAGAUGAAGGAAGGUUUGUAUUGUGUUGGAGCCUGGUCUGUCUACCAAAUACCCUCUAAUAGUAUUAGUCAGCUGGUCUUUUACCUAUAUUAACCAAAUCUAAAGUAUGUCCCAAUUGGCACCCUAAUUCACUAUAUCAUGCAGUACUUUUUUACCAGAGCCUUAUGGGCCCUAGUCAAAGGUAGUACACUAUAUAAUGAAUGUGGUGCCACUGCCAAUUGGGACGCAACCCAAGAGUCCCAUUCAAUCCAUCACCUGGUCAUAGAAUAGUGACGAUGUUCGUGUCAGUGGGUCUGCUUGUCUCUAGACAAUGUUGUUCCCUUGUUAGACUAAAUCCAAUUGCAUUAAAUCGGUACAUCAGCAGCGCAUUUUAUGGUAUUUCUGCACACUUUUCCGCUAGCCUCGUUCUCUUUAUCGAAUGCAAAGGAUUUACUACUCCAGAGGGAGUGGAAAUAUUUUGGGUGUCUCAGAUUGUUCUAGCAAUUCUCACAUUGUAACUUCAUUAGGAGGAACGAUGUUUGACAUGCUUUUACAUUUGUAUCACAAACAAUUAUUUUGAUAAAAGUGGCCAUUUUUAGACCUAUACAUUAUGACUGGGAUGAUACCAGUAUCGCGAGGAAACAAAGCAGAUUUAACUUCUUUAGGAAAACAGCCCUAAUGUUGGAAACAAACAUCAGGUUGUCAUCCAGAGUCACAUUUAUUCAUUUUCCAAGCUGAAGCACACUAUUUUACAUACAGCAGGUUUUUAAAGGACCGAAGAGUUUGGUCUACUUUGUGUUUUGCCAUCGACAGAUUAUCACAAUACUGCCCUAUGAUCUGUGAACCGUACAUGAUACAAACAACAUCUGGGUGCCAUUAUACUCCUUAUAGUGUUCUCUAACAUAUGGAGUAUGUCUAGAUUCUGAAAUACUCAUUUUCACAUUCAUAUCUCAAAACGACCCUUUGAUUUAGCUUUCUUUCUUUUUUUACAUAUAGUUUGUGACGCUCUUCAAACAAGUUAAAAUUUCCAGAGUGGGCUCUCUCUAGUACUUUUCAUUAUAUGACCCAUUUUAUACAUAGAAAUUGACAUUAUAGAUCAUUAAUCAAUCACAGCCCUACUGUAGGAUGCAUAUUCAGCAAGUCACCAGCAGAGGAAGUUCCGUUUGAAUCAAUUUUCCCAUAAAAUGUUAUCAGAGAGCCCACAAUGGAAUUUUGAUUUACUUGCAGAGCAGCUGUUCCCAAACUAGGGGGCGCACCAACAUUUUGUGGGGGUGUACGGGACCUUACUUGAUUAAAGGGCUCAUUCUUAUUGUUUUUUUCUUCUUUACAAUUCACAAUUGUUUAAACCAAUCUAAAACAACUCAUAAAUCCGCAAUGCUUUAGGCUAGAAACAAGCGGUAAAAUGCCAGAGGACAAUGCGACUCUGCACAUGAGCUGAGACAUCCUAAAGUCGAGGAGUCAAAGAAAUUGGACUUCGCUUGGGAGAUAAUCUAAUACAAUGUUUGACUCUGAGUAUACCAAACAUUAGGAACACCUUCCUAAUAUUGAUUAUUGAUACAGCCUUAAUUCGUCAGGGCAUGGACUCUACAUGUUGUCGAAAGCGUUCCACAGGAAUGCUGGCCCAUGUAGACUCCAAUACUUCCCACAGUUGUGUCAAGUAGGCUGGAUGUCCUUGGUGGACCAUUCUUAAUACACACAGGAAACUGUUGAGCAUGAAAAACCCAGCAGCGUUGCAGUUCUUGAUAAAUCUGGUGUGCCCGGCACCUACAGUACUACCAUACCCUGUGGAAAGGCACUUAAAUAUUUUGUCUUGCCCAUUCACCUUCUGAAUGACAGGCAAACACAAUCCAUGUCUCAAUUGUCUAAAGGCUUAAAAAUCCUUCUUUAACCUGUCUUCUAACCUUGACUCUGAUUGAAGUGGAUUUAAUAAGUGACAUCAAUAAAGGAUCAUAGCUUUCACCUGGAUUCACCUGGUCAGUCUGUCAUGGAAAGAGCAGGUGUUCUUAAUGUUGAAAUAUGAAAAAGGGGUCCCUGGGGGAAAAAGGUUGGGAACCCCUGUUGUAAAGUAUAUUGUUCCAAACAAUGUGUUUAAAAUGAACUAAAUCUAAGAGUCAUUAUGGGAUAUUCAUAUUUUAUGUUAAAUAAAUGAAUGUGAACUUUUUAUUUCAGAAUCUAGACAUACUCCAUAUUUUAGAGAACACCAUACGGAGUGUAAUGACACCCAGAUGUUGUCUGAAUCAUGAACGGUUCACAGAUCAUAGGGUCUUACAGGAGACAUGUGACUUGUAAAAGUAUUCACCCCUCUUCACAUUUUUCCUAUUUUGUUGUCUUACAGCCUGGAAUUUAAAAAAAAAAAUUGGGGGGGGGUUUAUCAUUUGAUUUACACGACAUGCCUACCACUUUGAAAAUGCUAAAUAUUUUGGGGGAAACAAACAAGGAAUAAGACAAAAAAACAGAACUUGAGCGUUUAACUGUUCACCCCCCCAAAAUCAAUACUUUGUAGAGCCACCUUUUGCAGCAAUUACAGUUGCAAGUGUCUUGAGGUAUGUCUCUAUAAGCUUGGCACAUCUAGCCACUGGGAUGUUUUCCCAUUCUUCAAGGCAAAACUGCUCCAGCUCCCUGAAGUUGUAUGGGUUCCGCUGGUGUACAGCAAUCUUUAAGUCAUACCACAGAUUGUCAAUUGGAUUGAGGUCUGGGCUUUGACUAGGCGAUUCCAAGACCUUUAAAUGGGAUAUUUAAACCACUUGAGUGUUGCUUUAGCAGUAUGCUUAGGGUCAUUGUCCUGCUGGAAGGUUAACCUCUGUCCCAGUCUCAAAUCUCUGGUAGACUGAAACAGAUUUCCCUCAAGAAUUUCCCUGUAUUUAGCGCCAUCCAUCAUUCCCUCAAUUCUGACCAGUUUCCCAGUCCCUGACGAUUAAAAAAAUUGUGUGGUGAUGGUGUUCUCGGGGUGAUGAGAGGUGUUGGGUUUACGCCAGACAUAGCAUUUUCCUUGAUGGCCAAAAUGGCCAAUUUUAGUCUCAUCUGACCAGUGUACCUUCUUCCAUAUGUUUGGGGAGUCUCCCACAUGCCUUUUGGCGAACACUAAAUGUGUUUGCUUAUUUUUUUCUUUAAUCAAUGGCUUUUUUCUGGCCACUCUUCCGUAAAGACCAGCUCUGUGGAGUGUACGGCUUAAAGUGGUCCUUAUGGACAGAUACUCCAAUCUCCGCUGUGGAGCUUUGCAGCUCCUUCAGGGUUAUCUUUGGUCUCUUUGUUAACUCUCUGAUUAAUGCCCUCCUUGCCUGGUCUGUGAGUUUUGGUGGGUGGCCCUCUCUUGGGGGGCCACCCACCCACUCUCUUGGCAGGUUUGUUUUGGUGUCAUAGUCUUUAAAAAAUGUUAUGAGUUUAAUGGUGCUCUGUGGGAUGAUCAAAGUUUCAGAUAUUUUUUUAUAACUCAACCCUGAUCUGUACUCCUCCACAACUUUGUCCCUGACCUGUUUGGAGAGCUCCUUUGUCUUGGUGCUGCUUGCUUGGUGGUGCUGCUUGCUUGGUGGUGGUGGUGCUGCUUGCUUGGUGGUGGUGCUGCUGCUUGCUUGGUGGUGGUGGUGGUGGUGCUGCUUGCUUGGUGGUGGUGGUGGUGGUGCUGCUGCUGCUUGCUUGGUGGUGCUGCUUGCUUGGUGGUGUUGCAGACUCUGGGGCCUUUCAGAACAGCUCUAUAUAUACUGAGAUCAUGUGACACUUAGAUUACACACAGGUGGACUUUAUUUAACUAAUUGUGUGACUUCUGAAGGUAAUUGGAUGCACCAGAUCUUAUUUAGGGGCUUCAUAGCAAAGGGGGUGAAUAGAUACAUACGCACCACUUUUCCAAUUUUAUUUAUUUAUUUUUGUACGUUUUUUUUUUUUCAUUUCACUUCACCAAUUUGGACUAUUUUGUGUAUGUCCAUUAAAUUCAAUCCAAAUAAAAAUAUAUUUAAAUUACAGGUUGUAAUGCAACAAAAUAGGAAAAACACCAAGGGGUGUUACUUUUGCAAGGCCCUGUAAGUCUUAAAAGGGCAAAAAAUGACCACUUUCAUCAUGAUUUUCUCAAAAAUAGUUUGUGAUACAAAUGUAAAACCCAUUUCAAACACCCUUCUUUCCAAUGAUAUUACUAUGUGAGAAAUGCCAGAACAACCUGAGAUAUCAAAAAUAUUUUCAGCUGGUGUGGAAUCGCCGAUGGUAUUGUGUUAUGUCUUGUGUUUUGCCUGCCUGCACCUCACCAACCUGUUCGAGGUGUGCUUUUCUCCUUCUCUUCAAAACCAAACAUGUCAUGUUUAUGAUUCUAUGUAUAGACUCCUGUUAUUAAUCACAAACGUGUGUGUGUGUAUUCUCAUCAUGGUUGACUGGCUGGCCAAACAUUUUAGAAACAAGAUUAUGUAUUUGUCUAUUUUUUUACUUUACACCAAGUACAAACAUAGACCUAAUGGUUGUUUUUAAAGGUAAGUAUAUUUUCAACAUUAAGUACUGUCAUUCCAGAAAAGAGAAUGGUUAAAUGCUAAUGUGUGAUUAAUGUAUUUUUCUCUUCUGGUUAGUGUUUUCUGAUUCAUUCCUGUUGUUUUGCAUAUGUAUUUUACCUGGUUACCUGGUGUCCACUCACCUUCCUGAUGAAAUGGUAUUGUUUUUUGACUUGUAAGCAAGCACAUUAAAUAACAAGGGAAGCUUUUUA